AUGUCAUCAUCAAAAGUGGCAUUGAAAACUAUAACAAGUCGUAGUGAUGCACCAGGAUCAGUAGGUCACGGCUAUGCAUGGGUUCCACCAGGCCUUACUCGGCAUAAGGUAGAAGAAUACAUGUCACAGUUACCCAAUCACGUCGUUCCUCGGCUCAACAGCAACGGAGAAAAGUUCCGUGAAAAACAACUUAUGUUGCAGCUUCCACGGCAAGAUUUAUCAUUGGCAUACUGUAAACAUCUUGCAAAUAAUAUUGAACGUAAACUCUAUGAAGAAUUCAUAAAUGCGCGGAAUGAAGUAGCCUUGGAUAUAGGCUUUAUCUCUCCUAGCAUUCCUAAACAAAUGGAGUGCAGGAAAUGUCGUGGAGUGAUGGAAAUGAACGAAAUGGCAGUGAUUGCACCAAAAUUAGGUGAAAGUAGCGGUUGGCACCCAGCGUGUUUUACGUGUGCCGCCUGUGAACAACUUUUAAUCGAUCUGACAUAUUGUGUGAAGGACGGUCUUAUCUACUGCGAGAGACAUUACGCAGAACUUCACAAGCCGAGGUGUAACGCCUGUGAUGAGGUAAAAGAUUGCAGUAAUUAGCA